UUUCUGAUUGCUAUAAUAUGUCAUUAAAUCUUGAUAUGGGUAUGCCAAAGUUAUGCUAAAUGAAAUUAAAUGGCAUACCCAACUUUUUUAUACAACCAAUGAAAGAACGAAAAUCUUCGACAUUUAUACAGACCGGCAAACUUCGUUAAAGAACAGCUGUAUCGGGAGUUUGGAAUGUCUGCUUUUCCUGCUGUAUUUUUUAGAUACGUGUCUUUGAAUGCAUUCUGAUGAGUUUUUUUAGGUUCAGAUAUAUUUUUCGCCAAAAAUAUUUACUUGUUUUCACGAUCAUCGUGAUAAUUCUAUUCCUCAUGUAUCAACUCUUUUCUGUUGGACAGCUGGGUAAAGAAUUAUCCAGAAGAAAUCCUAGGCCUAGAUUACAGACAAAUUUUAAGAAUUAUGAAAAAGCAGAUGGCUUUAUGCAAUCAAAAAGUGCUGACAAGGAAAUAAAAGAUGAUGCUUGGCAUGCAUCAUUGAAUACUCAAGAGAAUACAAAAUUUAUUCUUGGUGUGUUGCCUUCUAGUCAAAGAUUCUAUAAACCUACACCUCGAAAUACAUUUAAAUGUAUAGAAAGUGGGGAAGAAAUUAACUUUGCCUUUGUGAAUGACAAUUUUUGUGACUGUUCAGAUUUUUCGGAUGAACCAAGUACUUCUGCCUGCAAUUCUGGAAAGUUUUAUUGCACUCAUCAGUCCAAGCAUAGUAUCAGUUCUGUGUUAUCAUACAAAGUGAAUGAUGGUAUUUGUGAUUGCUGUGAUGGAAGUGAUGAAUGGUUGCAUAUCACACUACCUGAACAUACUUUAGUUCCUGGUAACAAGCAGAAAGGAAUUUUUCAAGUGCCCUGUCCUGUGAAUUGCAUCUCCUAACAUUGAUUUGAAGCCUUCUCUCAUUUCAGCAAUCUGAAAUUUAAUAAUUGUUGUGAAAUGAUCUGUGAAACAGUUAAGCCUCUUUAAUUCAUUGUCUCAAUCAUUUUAUUGUAGAAUUAUUUUAUUUCAACAAAGUAGUCCAUCUAUAUCAUGUUUUGAUAUCCUUUUUCUUAUUUGAUGAAAUUUUAAAAUAUACAUGACUAAUCGAUAUAAUUGUGUAAAUUUGUUACUUUGAUCAGAUUAUAUUAUUAUGUGCUAUUUUUUUUUUUUUUUUUUACAUAUCUUGUGCCUUUUUUUGUUGACAGUGUACAUAUUCUAGAUAGUUUCAAUUUUAUUUGUUGUCUGUUUAAUCCAGUUUUAGUAUUCAUGAAUUGAAUGUUAGACAAUUGAAAUAACUCUGACGAUUCAUUCAUAUGGAAGAUAAAAGUAGGUCUGUCUAAAAAUAUUUAAUGUUACAAUAGAUAGGCAGCUAAAUUUUAGUUUUAUUAAAUGUUUCUUUAUGGAUAAUGAUUUAUGUACAGUACUAUGUUAUUCUUGAAUCUUCUUUAAUUUAUUUAGCAAAUAUAUAAACUAGAAUUAAUAGAUAAACUUUUUUUUGUAUAAUUUUAUAUUUUACAAAUCUCAUCACUAAUAAUGAUUUAAUUUUAUUUUUCUUUAAUAAUAGUCAUUGCCAGAAACAUAAAUAUGUUCUGAUGCUAUGCAACAGUAAAAAUUUCUGUUGAAUUUUGCAAACUGCUAUUGUGUAAGUAGUAUAUAAGUGAAAAGUUUAAGGGAAAGAAAAUUCAUUUUAACAAUAGUCAAAAUAAAAUGCUUUAAAAAAUCAUUCAUAUUAAAUUUUAUUAUUGUCUUUGUUUUAAGCACUUUGAACAAUGCUUCAUAUUUCCUUCAUACUCAGAUAUAUGAUUAUUUAUUUGUUAAUUGUUUUAAUCAUUAUAUUUUAAAUUUAAGUGACAUUUUUUUUUUUGCUCUAACCAUUGUGAUUUUAAAAAUGUAUUUAAUUAUUUGUGUGUAAAAUUACCCUCCCCCCAUUCUUUAAUUUAAAAUGGCAGCAUGUUAAAAAUAAUUAAACAUGAAUUUAAAAAAUUCCUACUAAAAUUAUAAAUGAUUUAUUACUUAAUGUAUAGCAUUUAAACAUUAUAUAUAUUAAAUGCGUUUUAAUUGAAUAAUGAUUAUUGGUCUUUAAUGUUUGCACUAAUGAUAAAUGUUUGUUUUCUCUUGAAACUAACCUUUAUGAAUUUCUUUUCUUAUAUUGUUAAUCAAGUAACUUUAUAAAUCAAAUUUUUAAGUAAUAAUGAAAGUAUUGCCAGUAACAGAUUGCAUUUACUUUCAAUUUUUUGAAUUUGUUAAAGAAUAAAUGAAAAAAUUAGAUAAACAAAAGGUAUCCUUUUCCUUCUGAGAUCCUGUUUAAUGAGGCUUUGCUGCAUUUGAAAUGAAAAUGUUUGUUUUAAAAAUUGCUACUUGUAUUUUUAACAUAUUGUUAUUUUGUAUUUAGUUUAUUCUUGUUGUAUGAAACCCUUUUGGCAUUAUGUGUUGCCAAUGGCAUUCCAUGUAUAAAUGUUAUUGUGUAUUGUUAUAAAAAAAUAAUAAA